AUGACGGCGUCCAACCGCCUCGCCAGCGAGCCCGAGCCCGAGCCCGAGCCCGAGCCCGCCGCGGACAGCACCAAGCCCCGAAUCAUCGCCUGCGGCUCCCCCCUCACGGGCCACGUCCUGCCCGUCAUCAAAGUCGUCGACGGGCUGGUCCAGCGCGGGUACAGCGUCACCUUGAUCACGGGCGACGAGUUCCGCGCGCGGGUGGAGGCCGUCGGCGCCGCGUUCGUCGGCAUCCCCGCCACCACGUACCACGCCGCCGUGCAGCACAAGCGGCGCGGCCUGGCGGACCGCACCUGGUUCGCCCGCAAGAUGUUCCUCGAGCCGACGGCGGAGCGCGGCGCGGCGCUGCGCCGGGUGCUGGAGCGCGAGCGGGCGGAGCACCCGCGCGACGCCGUCGUCGUCCUGACGGAGCCCUUCUUCCUGGGCGACCAGCCCAUGUACCUCGGCGGCCCGCCGCUGCCGCGCGGCUUCGCCGAGCGCCCCCGCACGGUCAGCAUCCACGCGAUCCCGUACACGCUGCCCAGCCGCGACCACGCGCCGUCCGCGUCGGGCAUCCUCCCCGACUACACCGACGAGAGCAGGAGCACCUACCCGGCGCUGUACGAGCAGCGCGCCGCCAGGCUGGCCGAGACGACGGCCGCGCAGAGGCGCAUGCUCCUCGGGCUGGGGUGCGCCGAGCCCCCCGCCAUGCCGUGGCCGGACCUCAUGGUCACCUCGGCCGACGUGGUGCUGCUCAUGUGCCCCCCGAGCCUGGAGUACGCGCGGUCCGACCUGCACCCGCGGUUCCGCUUCGCCGGCGCCCUCCCGCCCGCCCCGCCGCGAGACUUUGCCCCGCCGCCCUUCUGGGACGAGGUGGUGGCCGCCGCCGCCGCCGCCGCCGCCGCCGUCGUCGUCGUCACCCAGGGCACCUUUGCCGUCGACUACGCGCACCUGCUCAUGCCGGCGCUGAGGGCCCUCGCCGCCCGCCCGGACCUGCUGGUCGUGGCCAUCCUGGGCCGCGAGGGCGCCCGUCUGCCGGACGGCGCGGUCCCGCCCAACGCCCGCGUCGCCGACUUCCUCCCCUACGACGCCGUCCUCCCCCACGCGGCCGUCUUCGUCACCAACGCCGGCUACGGGGGCUUCAUCCACGCCGUGCUCAACGGGGUGCCCAUGGUCCUGGCGGGCGACACCGAGGACAAGCCCGACAACGCGGCGCGGGGGGAGUACGCCGGCAUCGCGGUGAACCUGCGCACGGGGUCCCCGUCCGAGCAGCAGAUCCUCGAGGGCGUGGAGACGGUGCUGCGGGACGGCAGGUACAAGAAGCGCGUCAUGCAGAUCAAGCAGGAGAACGAAGACAUGCGCGCCAUGGACACGGUGGAGCGGACGAUUCUCGACAUGGCGGGCCCUGAGCGGCAGGCGGAAAGCAAAUAG